CCCAGAGCCCAGAGACCCCAAAUCCUGGAAAGUCGGAGCGCAGAGACCUCAAAACCCAGAGAGCCUGAACCCAGAUUUCCUGAGAGCUGCAGCCAGGACAGGAGAAAGCCGGAGCCCUGAAACCCUGGGAGCCCUGAAACCUCGGGAACCCCAAAACCCCAGGAACCCUGAAACCCCAGGAACCCUGAAACCUGGGAGUCCCCAGGCGCCCCCAGCCCAGGCCAGGGGUCAGGAGCCCCAUCCAGCCCCGUGUGCAGAGGGAGGGUCCCUCACCCCAGAAGGAGCAGUGGCAUGUGGCAGGUGUGACCCUCCCCACCUGUGCCAGCCCGCCAUGGAGCCGUGCCCGGGGCAGCCCCAGGAGGCCCUGCUGACGGUCAACGAGCAG